UGGCGCAAAACAGGAAGACGAGAAAUGAAUAUGAAUGCCAUCAAUAUCCAGGAGAUACUGGAGCAAAUAAUUGAAUUGGAGAAACGUGUUGUUAUCAUGGAUGAUAUUUAUACCAUUCUUUUAGAGAGGGCUUAUGCUUUGGAACAAAUGGUGGAAGAGUGCAUGUUGAAAUACAAGAUGGAACAGAGUGAAGUUAUUUUGCAAAACUUCUUAUUGGACACCUCAUCCGAAUAUUCAAAGCUACUGAAGGACCACAUUAAGACAUUUUUCCAAUUUGUUCACGUCAAAAUCACAAAUCACUUCAGUCCAACUCCAACAAUACAAGAUGUGUGGAACCAAAUACAAGACCCAGAUUACCGAACCAAAUUCAAUGAAAUUUUAAGAAAUUUUGGAUUCCCAGAAGACCAGCUAAGUGAUGUAUGUUUAGUUCUGGAUGUCAUCCAAGGGGAUGAACUGUGUGACACUUCCUCUAUCAAAACGACAUUGGCCCCACCUACAGUUCCGCCCAAUUCGCUGAUUGACACUGUCACUCUGUCUGAUCUAUUAAUACAUCUGGAUUUGUCAGAUGACCUUGAUUUAAGUUUCAAGGAUGCAUUACAAAGAAUUGUGACCAUAACCUCUCAAAACUGGGUUGAUGCACAAUGACAAAAAAAUCCACACAUAUGUAUCUUUGUUAAAGCUAUCAAUUGUUUAUUUAUACUUUUUUGUAUAUUAACAAUUAAUAACUGACACAUAUUAACUGAAAAUAAAUAAAUGGACAGUAAAUUACAUAUUGGUAUUAAUUUACAAAUUAAAAAACUAACAAUCAUUAAACUUACAAAUUAGAACACAACUGGGAU